AAGAUUGUUGGGAAGUUCAGUGUGAAAACAAUUCUCAAUUUUUUAAAAAUAUCAAUCGCUUUUGUAGGAUUUUAUUCGACGUACUUGCUCUUCUCAGUAAAUUCUUCCCACCAAGAUGCAGAAGACGUAGAAAUUGAAAGUUUAGAUGAAACAAUAUCGAGUUACAAAUCGGUGAUUUUUAUGCACCGUUCACCAAGGCAGUUUUUCCUCUCUGAGCGUGAGUCUAUGUCAGACCACAUCAGCAGGUCUAUGUCACGAAACACCGCUUGUCUGAACCUAGGGACAAAAUACAUGCUGUACGAGGAGUGCGAGUGUCGAGAUGGCUGGCAUGGCAAGUCGUGUUCUAUCCCAGACUGUCUGUACUACAGCUACAGGCGUCACAGUAUGACUACAGCAGAGAAAAGAGAGAUCUAUCUGCGCAAGAAAACAGCAAGACGUAUCAUUUACGCUGUAUUAUUCAAUCAUGAGUUUGACAUGUUAGAAGCACUUUUAAAUGAACAUUUUGAUCUUGUUGAUGUAUUUAUUAUAUUGGAGUCCUCGUACACAGCUUUUGGAACUCGCAAACCUUUAAGACUUCUACCAAGGCUGCAUCGUGGAUAUUUGAGAAAGUUUCACUCUAAACUAAUGUAUUUGUAUUGUGAUCAUUUCCCAACUGGCGGGAGAAAGAAAGGAUGGAAGGCUGAUUCGUACUACAGGAGUUUACUUGGAAAGAAGGGUUUAACGAAUAUACAUAAUCUUAAAGAYGAUGACUUGUUUAUUGUAAUGGAUAUUGAUGAAAUACCAUCAUAUGAUUCUCUAGUAUUUCUGAAAUAUUACAAUCGCUACCCUGAACCGUUUGGAGUUCGCCUACGAUACUCGGUGUUYGGUUAUUUCUGGAAAAACAACCAGUACACACAAGUUACAAUUGGUUGCACAAUAGGAAUGCUUAAAACUGUUUAUUCAAAUGACUCAAAUGCAAUACGAGACAUUGAACAUGGACUAAAUGCUGCACUGUAUCCAGCAUUAAAGAAAUACACUGAAAAUCACAAYGUYAGAGCAUGGUUUCUAGGUGAUCAUACAUAUUAUGCUGGUUGGCAUUGUUCAGGUUGUUUCAAACCUGAAGGUAUCAGAACCAAAUUUAUGUCUGCGCAAAAUGCUGACUACCCUCGCUGGGGAAGUAUACCAGAAAAAAUGGACCUGGGAUAUAUAAAAACAUUAGUAAAAGAGGGCAAGUGGUUUGAUGGGGGGGAGGUGCCCUCCAGUGACUUACAAUCUGAUCAUUUCUUUGCCCCAAMGUACUUUUUAAGGAAUCAAGACAAGUACAGACACCUUUUGUUCAAUCCAUACUUGGAAUCAUCUGAUAGAUGAAGUGAGGUGUAGAUAGAAUGGUCAAGCAGUAGUAUGCAGACUGUAUCAGUGUAAUAUUGCACUGAUAAGGAGUGUGGGGAAGACACAGACUUCAAUAGUGAAUCCAAUUUCCUUAUCAGGACUGAAUGUUUAGUCUCUGAUAUCAGGGAAUAUUCUUCUUGGGUUACCUGUCUAAUUUAAGUCAACAAAUGCUACUAAUCAUUGGAAAUAUAUUUAUUUUUAUACUACUAUACAUACUAUAUAUAUUUGAAGUAGUUGCAGUUCUGCAAAUGUAAGAAAUGAAAACCUUGAAAACACAGCUGAUUUUUUGUGUAAUUCUAGUGCAAAUGUGCCUAGAAAAUCAAACUAGUUUCAGGCAAAAACUAUUAAAAAUUGAGAUUAUUUUUGUUUCUCUAUACAAAAUGCCUGAUCUUUUAUUAAACAUUUCACUUAUACUGGUGAACACACCUUCAGAAAUUACACAAUAAAAGUGGUGUUGUAGUGAGCAUAACAAUCUCUGAUGYAACUUUCUCAUAAGAAUGUGUUGUUCAAGGAUUACA